AUGGCGCCACACAUUCUCAAUGUUCCAAACGAGGUCACCGAUGUCAUCUUGAACGAGCUCGAUGAGUCUAUUGAAGCAAAAAUGAAACUCAUGUCGACUUGCCAGCACUUUCGUCGGUAUCUCCUCCCACGGAUUUACUCUGCAUGUCAACUCAAUUUUGGGCGGACGGCGACCCCACGAGCGACUAUUUUGUGUGAUAAAUCGGCUGGCCAUAUUGGGCCUCUGCAUAAGAACUACCCGGAGCAUGGAAGACUAGUCAAGACACUCAGUAUUUCUUUCAACACGACUUUUACUACAAAAGGCCCAGUAUUAGACGAAACAGAUGGUUUCGAAAAGACCAGGUCUCCACAAUAUGUUCUCGGAAAUCUGCUGCCGCGGUUCGAUACUCUCAAGACGGCCAAGCUAUACCAUGGAAGAACAACUAGUAAUUCUCUCUUGAUCUUCGGAGGGUUUAUCGAUGCUCUUUCGAUAGUUUUAUUAUGCAAUUCUUUGAAAGAGCUUUCCAUCGACCUGGCUUUUUGCACUAGUGACAGACCCCUAUGGAGAGCCGAAGAAAGAAAACUAGACGCCUGUAAUGGUUGGACUAGAGCUCGUACUAUCUAUUCCCCCCCUCAAGCGAGUUUAGAAAAGUUGGAUUUCUUCUUACUGGAGAAAGAUUGCUAUUUACCUUUCGGAACUCAAGACCUCUCCAAAACUGCGGUUGCAUGGUUGAUUGGGAUAUUUCUGCGUUUACUUGAGCUUCCAUGUCGAAGUUUGAAAUCUUUAAACUUCAGGUACAGAGCCGACCGCCAUCGCUCGCCGGAUCCGGAAUUCUUCCCUCUCGAACUUCUCGAACCUCAUCCCGAACCGAAAAGAAUAAUGAAUAGGCCUGGGGGCCAGUUGAGGCUGCCUAAGCUGGAGGAGUUGACUCUUAGUGUAUCUGAUGCGGGAAGAUGGGCUUUUGAACAGUAUUUCGAUGUCGAUUUGGGAGAUAUUAAAUCACUAUCGCUGGUUGGAAUUUACGAUAACGUCUCACCGGAGGAUUUUAUCUUCCUCCGGAAGCUCACAGGCCUAUCCGUCCUCCAUCUCCGGUAUCCCUCACGCCAGUAUUUUAGGAACUGGAUUUGGAGUGGAGUCCCACUACGGGGGCCAUGCCAGAGCUUGAAGAAAGUGGUUGUACUUGGUCAGGGCCCUUCCUCGACCGAUGCCUUACAAGAGUUUAUGAAAAAUAAUGGUAAAAUCUAUAACGCUCGCAUCGAGGAAGAGAAGGUCCCAGAUCGCCUUGCUGCUAAGGGUAUAAAGCCCGAAGACUUCACGCUUUAUCUCUACACCCCGCUUGUGGUCCCGUCUCAAACCAGCCAUUACAACUUUGAGACAACUUAUGGUCUAAAAAAUAAGGGUGUGGACUCUUGCGGUCCAUUCCCAUAUUGA